GAAUAUACGUACAUAUAUAUGCAUGUAUACGAUAAUAGUUGACUGUGUUUUGUUUGCAGGUGCCAGGUGCGGAGGAUUGAUUGCCAUGGAAUGGAAGGAGGGCGGUCUAAGACGGUGAGAUAGAUAGACUGAGCGGUCUGGUCGUGUCGGUGAGAUUUGUUUGUUUGUAUUUAUAGUUGGAAUCGGAGAUGCGGUGCAAAACUAGACAUUCGAACGAUGCCUCAAGCUCUGGCACUCGGAAUUUGGAUCCUCCUCAGCACCAAAAUAAUCUGUAUGAAGGAGAGCGUCUGGGUCGUUUUAUUAAAUCAAUUGAGAGAGAGAUAGAGUCAGCAAGACUAUCCAACACAACUUUACCACAUAAAUUCUGGCUCAAGCAACAAUUUUCGAUUGGGGUCAAUGAAGUCACGCGUGCUCUCGAGUGUAUGACCCAAGGGUCCUCCUCUGUACAAGGCCAUACUAAAGCUUCUUCAGUUCAGCUUCAGGCCAUACUAUUGGCAUCUGAUUGCAACCCACGAUGGCUGACCAAGCAUCUUCCAAGCUUGGCCUCAUCGAGGAAGGUACCCCUGAUCUAUGUGAAAGAUAAGAAAGGAGGUUCUCUAAAGCUAGGUGAACUGGUCAAGCUGAAAACAGCAAUUGCUAUUGGAGCUAGGGGAAAUGCCCUAAAUCGCAUCAUCGAGGAGAUUCUUCGUGGUAAUGAAAUCCCUGUUGGCAUGGAGGGUUGAAUUAAAUAAGUUCCCUGUGGGGACCGGCUUGGACUUGGGCUUGAGCUUUAUAAUAUACAGUUUGCAACAGAAGGGGGUAUUUACUAUGUAGUUUAAACCACAAUCAGAGUUACCAUACAUGGUCUAAUUCACACUGGUUUUCACUAUUGCAACCGUUUGUGCCGCAUUCUAAAUAUUGAACAUGGCAAGCAUUCAGAUAUAGUUAUGUUAGCCAUGAAUAUGAUUAUUUGUUUGAAUCAAUAGAAGGAAUCUGGGAACUAAG